UCCCUUCGUCUCUCCGUGUCUCCGCAGGUUGGGUCUCGCCACUGAUAGAGUUCGUCUCCAACCGAUGCCAUGGGAGCGGUGGCCAUGGUAACCGUCUCCGCACUCCUCAUCUCCAUGACGACCACCUUCAUCACGGCCGCAGAGCCGCCCAUCCCAGCCGUCUCCGUCCCGUCACCGGUCCGAGUCUCCGUCAUCCGCGGCUCCCGCGUCCGCCUCUCCUGCAAGUCGCCGCUGGCGGAUGUGCGGCUCACGUGGAGACACAGCGCGGACGGCCAAUGGCAAUCCGGGGAGCUGUGGGGCGACCCCUUGCCCCCUGGCGCCCGGGUCACGGAGGUCACGGCGAGGUCGGGGGUCACGGUCUCGAAGCUCGUCAUCGCCUCGCUGGACGAGAGCCUCGCGGGAUUCUACCGCUGCCUCCUGCGAACGAGCGGAGGGGCCGCGAUCAGCGGACCGGCCCACGUCUCCGUCAUCCACACGAACUCCUCCGCCUCCCGCGUCUCCCCCAUCCGCGUCUCCGUGGCAACCGGCUCCUCGCUGGUCCUCGGCUGCCUGCACCCCGGCAACAGCAACGACAACAACAACAACGACAACAACAACAACGACAACAACGACGACAACGACGGCGAGGAUUCCGACCCGCCCCCGCGUUCCGUCUCCGCGUGGAGCCGUCCCGGCGUCGCCGCCGUGCCGGCUACGCCGUCACCAGCGACGCUGGCGGCGCCGCGUGGCAGGAUGAGGAUGAGCGACGUGCGGAGGAGCGACGGCGGCCGCUACGCCUGCCGCUCGCCCGGCGCACCGCCGGCGGACGAGGUGGCCUACCUCGUCAGCGUGACGGACCCCCCCCUCUCCGCGUCCCCUCUGCAGGAGUUGUCAACGGCUCCGGGCGCAGUGGCCGUGGUGAGCUGCGGCGGGGGCGGGGGCGGAGGUCGCGACCUCUCCCCUCCCCGCUGGCUCCGCGACGGGCGACCCCUGACCCCCGACCCGCGGCUGGACGAGGGCCGCGGCCUGCUGACGAUCGCCGGCGUGCGGGAAGGGGACGCCGGAGUUUACCAGUGCCUGGUGGAGCGGGCGGGCCUGGAGGGCGGCAGCGUGACCCGGGUCACAGUGCUCACCGGCUCGCCGUCGCGACACCUCUCCUCGUCGCCACCCUCCUCCUCCGGCGCCAGCAGAGGUCGCGAGCCCUCCGUCGCCACAUCAUCAUCAACAUCGUCAUCAUCAUCGGCGUCGACGCCUCCUCCGCCUCCCACCGCCUCCCCGGCGACGGCCAAUCAGAGCGCGGCGGGGGCGGCCCCGAGGGCCCAGGCCGCGGCGCCCGAGGCCCCCAUCAUCCUGAGUCCGACGCGGACUCACCGGCCGGACUCGUACCUUCUGCAGUGGAUGCCGGGCUCCUCCUCCUCCUCCUCAUCGUCGUCGUCGUCAUCCGAGUCCGGUGGUGGUGCCGCCGCCGCCGCCGGCUCCUCCUCCUCCUCCUCCUCCGUGCUCGACUUCCUGAUUCGCUACCGGGAGCUCUCCGAGGACGGCUCCGUGGGCGGUCGCUGGCUCACCGUUCGCGUGCCACCAGACCAGCGGGAGUUUUCGCUGUCGCAGCUGCGGGCCUCGAGCCUCUACGAGGUCGAGGUCCUCGCCCGCAGCCUGCGCGCCGACGGACAGGCCGCCAUGUUCACCUUCCGCACGGGGAAAGAGCGGUCGUCCAAGUUCCCGGCGAUGGGCGCCCACGUGGUGGGGGCUGGCCAGGCGAAGAACGACUCCCAGCACGGAGCGGCACGCACCUCGCCAGAGGACGGCGGGCACACGGUCCCGGAGGCCCCGGACCGGCCCACGGUGGCGAUGGCGUCCGACUCGUCGGCCUACGUAACGUGGAUCCCGCGCGCCAACGGCGGCUCCCCCAUCACCGCGUUCCACGUGGAGUUCCGGCGGCUGGGGGGUGGGGGGGCGGCACCCCCCCAACACUCGGGCGGGGGGGGGCCGGCGCCCGGCGGUGGGGUGGGGGCCGCCCCCCCCCACCACCACGCGGCGGGGGAGUGGACGGUGGCCGCCAAGGGGAUCCCCCCCUCCAAGCUCUCCGUGGAGGUCAAGGGGCUACAGCCCGGGGCCACGUACCGGUUCCGCGUGGCGGCGAGCAACGCGUGUGGGGAAAGUGCACGCAGCGCAGCGUCGCGAGCAUACGGCGUGGGCGGUGCGUCGGAUCGGCCGUCCCCACGGCCCGUCGCUGGGCCCUACAUCACCUACACCGACGCGCUGAGCUCCUCCAAGAUCCUGCUCAAGUGGACGUACACGCCGGAAGCGAACAACAACACUCCGAUCCGGGGCUUCUACAUCUUCUACCGACCCACGGACAGCGACAACGACAGCGACUACGCUGAGAACGUGGCUGACAGUGAGAUGCGCCACCACACGAUCCACUCGCUGCUGCCAGAGACGUCGUACGACAUCAAGAUGAGGGUGUUCAAUGACGGCGGCCAGAGCGAGUUCAGCAACGUCAUGAUCUGCGAGACCAAGGCCGCCCGCAAGCCCCACAGGGCCCACUCCCCGCGGCCCCCCACCCACCACGACCACCAUCACCACGACAACCGUCACCGCGACGACGACGACGACGACGACGACGACGAUGACGACCGCGGCGAGCGACCGUCUGCCAAACCCUCGCGGUCUCCCGAUAAAGACGGCGGCGGCGGCGGCGGCGGCGGCGGCGGCGGCGGCGGCGGUGAACGGAGUGGAGGCUCCGGAGGGGGCGCCCUGCUCUAUCUGCUGCUGGGACUCCUCCUGGGCCUCAUGGUGCUCACCGUGCUCGGCUUCAUCGCGCUCAGAGGGUGGAAGGCUCGCAGCGGCGCGCGGGCGCACGGCAACGGCGUUGGGGCCGCCGGCUGCGUGGACGAGACUCAGCUGACCGAGCUCAGUGGCUACAAGUGCCGGCACGUCUACGACAGCGCGCCCUGCAACGGCCUCUACCCACACGGCUACGGCGUCGACCCGCACGCGGACAUCGGCUUCACUGAAUUACCCCAGGAGGAGUGCCGGAGUGAUGGCCGGCCCACAGGAAGGGCUCCGCGCAGCCUAGCCAACGGGGUUGGAGGUCAAGGGUCGCAUGAGACUUCACCUCUCAACUCUCGAAGAGCAAACGACGAGGAGGAGGAGGUGAUCCCCACGACGGAGGAGCAGAGGGCCCCAUCGCAGAGCUCUGCAGACCCAACCAUCGACUCGUUAGGGGACACAGACACAGAGCCAGGCGACGGCCUCCCGACCGCGGACAGCGACGGCGAGAGGAGGGGCGGUGUGUCCUGCGACUCGGGCCUAGCGACGCAGGCCUCAUCCUCCCCCUCGCCUGGGCACAGGCCCCCGCUGCUACAGGAGGAGGCCGAACAGCAGCAGCAGCAACAUCAACAACAACAGCAGCAUCAGCAGCACCAGCAACAGUAAUCCCGCGAAAGCCCCAGGUGUCUCUCUCGUACAGAAACCUCCCGCGGGCCAUCUUUGUACCCACUGGCGGACAUUUUUUGUGCCGCGGGAACCUGUUUCUUUAGCACCGCUGUUGGCCACUUUUCUUUUUUACAUUAUAGUAAAAACGGCGGCCGUAUUAGCGCUGUUUCGCGGCCACAAUAGGUUUGUUGUCUUCCGAUAUCUGAAGGCCGAUGAUGUAUUCGCGGUCGCGCUCAUUCCAGCAGGAUUGCUUCAAACGUUGCCUUCACCUUGUGGCCACGUUUUCCCGGUUUUGUGCCGGCGAUGGCCCAUUUUUUUUAAUUCCGGUUUUUGAGUGGCAGAAUUUUAGCAAACCUAACGGCCAUUUUGGUACCGCUGGCGGCCAUUAGCACCGAUGCCGGCCAUUUUGUUUAUUGCCCGUGGUCAUUUAAUACCGCUGGCAGUAAUUUAAGGCCGUUUCUCCUUAUCGGAUUGGAGUAGGAUUGUUGCCGCUUCUAAGGUACACAAAAAAAAAAAAACCCGGGGGCAUAUCAUGGGAAGAUGGAGAAGAGGAAUAUCUCACAAUAGCGGAAGAGGAGAAAACAGCACUACAUGUGAAUGCGCUGCCCACAGUGUUGGAUUAUUGUUCUUGUUAUGAAGCAACUGAGAGAAAAAAAAACACCGGGACUUUGAAUGUCCCAGGAAGACUGAAAGAUCUUCCCAGGACCUCAGCUGCCUGGCUCAACAAAACGACGCCCCUGGAAAGGCCAGGAUGGGUGGCAACCCACUCACUCGCUAACUCGAUUACUCACCCAUUCACUCAUCCACUCAUCCAGUCACUGAAUCACCCAACCGCUCACGCAUCCACUAAGUCACCUACUUCAUUCACCCGUUUGCUCAUUAUAACCCACUUACCCAGCCACCAACUCACCCAUACAUCCACCCACUCACUCAUCAACUUACCAAUUCACUCACUCACCCACCCACCCCCUGGAAGACUGACAGAUUUCCCCCAGGACAGCAGCUACUCCCUCACUCAACAAGAGGACAAUGAUCCAUUAGAACACCAAGACCAGGUGGAAACCCUUGUGCCGGAGGCCUUCUCUGUCACUGCCGCCUUCCUCCGCGAGGCAAACGGUUUCGCCUACAAAAGUGUGGCCAUCUUGGUUAAGGGAAAGUUCCGGAUUGCGAUGGGCGGGGCCGUCCUUUGCUUUAAAGGUCCUUCGCUUGAAAUGCAAAACCGCGCGUUCUCACCCGUUAAUGCUUCGUUUUUUUCCCACAACAUUUUUCAGACGAGAGGCCUUGAAGAAAGGCCUCGUGGAACACACGUUUCCUCCUCCUACCUGUGAUGGCUUAUAAGGGUGGCCAUAUUAGGCAACGAAAUGCCACCAGUUUACUCUACGUUUAGCCAUCUUCGGGUAAGGGAAUGGCAGUUGCAGAAGGCUGCCAUACCGUAGAAGUCUCAGUUAUUUGCAACCAUCGUGGUGGGUAAGCCAGUUACAUAGGGCAGCCAUACUGGGUAAGGGGGAAGUGUCAGCUUUUGUGACGGCCAUCUUGGGUAAGGCAGUUGCAAUUAGCAGCCAUCUUAGGUAAGGGAAAACGUCUCGACAUCUGCCCUGCCAACUUGGGUAAGAAGUAUUGAGCAAGCCAUCUUGGGUACGUGGGUGGGGGGGGGAGGCUCAGUAUCUGGAGGCCAUGUUUAGUUAGGGGGGAAAAAAGUCAGCAUCUGGUGGCCAUCUUGGGCAAGGAAUUUUUUAAUGAGCAUCUUGAUUACGGGAAUGUUCAUCCUCCAUUUGCCAUCUUGGGUGAAGGGGAAAAAAGUCAGCAUCUAGUGGCACUCUUGGGUAAGGACGUUUUUUUUAUGAGCAGCCGUCUUGGGUAAGAAAAAAGGCUCAAGAUCUGUGGCCAUCUUGGGCAAGGAAAUUUUUUUUUACGAGCAGCCAUCUUGGACAAGGAAAAAAAGGCUCAGUAUCUGGUGGCCAUCGUAGGUAAAGGAUAAAGGCUCAGCUUUUGUGGCCAUCUUUGGUAAGGGGAAAAGGCUAAAUCUGGUGGCCAUCUUGGGCAAGUACGAGUUUUUGCGAGCAGCCAACUUGGGUCAGAAAAGAGGCUCAACAUCUGGUGGCCAUCUUUGGUAAGGGAAAAAAAAAGCUCAGCAUCUGGUGACCAUCUUGAGUUAGGAAAAAAAUGCUCGGCAUCUGGUGGCCAUCUUGGGUAAGGAAGUUUUUUACAAGCAGCCAUCUUGGGUAUGGAAAAAAAGGCUCAGCAUCUGUGGCCAUCUUGGGUGAAAGGACAUUUUUUUUGCAUCUGGCGGCUAGCUUUUGGUAAAAGGGAUAAACUCAGGCUUUUCUUACGACGGGAGAGAGAGACGAGGCAUUUCGGUCCGGUAGACCGGUAGAGUCGCAGUACUUACAUAUCUAUAGACAAACUCGCUCGCCAUUCAUACCUAUAACCCUUGAACUUUGACCUAUCACUUAAAUUUAGGCCAAUUGUAAAUAUAAUUGUUCCGGUGUUCGUGUUUGUUUUUAAUCGUUUUCUAUUUGUACGCAAGCGGGUGCCUGGCACAUGUUAAAAUUUCUGCCGUGCGAGUGAGAGAGCUAUUUUAUACUCUGAAAUGAGAAACUGUACAAUGUAAUAAUAUUUUUUUCUACGUUUAAACCGGUUAAUUUUUCGUUUCUCGUACUAUUGUUGUAUUUACUUUAAAGCAACAAUAACAACAAC